AUGGGUCUGGGGGGCCUGGCCAGGAAGUUCGGAAGUUUGGAGCGAGCCAGGUGGGCUGAGCAGAGUGACUGCAGUCUUCUGGCAGGGAGGGAGGAGCUAUGGCUUCACACUCACCGGUCUGCUAAACUCUUGCUGCUCUCAGCCACUGGCCACUGUGUUGAAACAGAUGGUGAGCAGCGCAGGGGCCCUCGGGGGACUGAUGGCCCAAGAGCCUUGUUCGAGCGGUUUGCUGAGGCGUUCAUUGCAGUUUUCGGCUACCAGCAAGAUCCUAGAAACUACCAAACAGCUGUGGGCUGGCUGGAGCUGCUGGCUGGAGCUGCUGGCUGGGUAUUUUUAAUGGGAGGGCCUGGGCUGGAACUCCUGAGCUCUUGGAUCUGGGUGUGCAUUCUUUCUGUUCUAGGGGCUGUCUUCACUUUGGUCCUGGAAGAGUUGCUGAGGACCUACAUCCCAGUCGUUGUCUGUCUAGGGCUCCUGCUACUGCUGGAUGCCUGCCAGGUCUUAGCUCGGACUAAGACAGUGGUCAGAUGCCCGAGCAAGAAGAUCCUGGUGCAGUCGGGAAGCCUGGCAAUUGAGUCUUCAUGCCAUGCUUUACCACAGCAGGAACAGACAUGGCACACUGUCUACCACUUUGUUAGCCCAUAGUCAUUCAGUGUAGAAGAGACACCUUGUUUAGGUCCCAAUCUCCCCUCAUAACUAUGCUGCCCUGUUUUGAGUGGUGUAUUAAUAUUCUUCAUGUCAUGUGAAAACGGGAAAUAAGCAGAAAAGAAGCUGAAACCCCUCCAAAUUCUAAUACCCCAUAAAUAACCAUUUCAUUUGGUGUAACUUUACCUGUUGACUUUUUCUGUGAUUGUAAACAGAUUAAUUUUUCUUUAAUGAAAAUGAGACAGGAUAGCCUACCCUAUUGUCUGCUGUUAAGAUCUAGUGUUCUGCCAGGCAGUAGUCGUGCAUGUGUUUAAUCCCAGUGGUUGUGAGGCAAAGGCAGGCAAAUCUCUGUGAGUUCGAGGCCAACCUGGUCUACAGAGUGAGUGCCUGGAUAGCCAGGGCUAUACACAGAAA